CAAAAGCACAUAUAAAUUAUUUAGCAAUAAACAGAGUGCUGCAGUCAUUGAAUACUUUUUUUUGUUUUCCAUUUUAAAAAUGUUGACAUUUUUUUGUUCGAUUGUUUCGACGAUUUGCUGCGGUCAUUUACACCUCACAGUGAAUACAGAUUCUGGUCCAAUCGUUGGAGUUUCACAGAAAACAUUUGUCAAUGAAGUACCUUAUAUUUCAUAUAAAGGAGUACCCUACGCUCAACCGCCAGUCGGAGAAUUACGAUUUAAAGCACCACGUGCAGUAAAACCAUGGAUAAAACCACUCGUGACCAAUGACACAUAUCAGAAUUCCUGUAUUGUAGUUGCUGACGGCAGAAGUAUGGGACUGGAUGGACAAAAGCAAAGUGAAAAUUGCCUUUUUCUAAAUAUAUACACACCAGUCAUGGACGAUGUUAAAGUCAAUAAAAAUUUACCCGUGAUAUUUAACAUACCCGGUGGUGGAUUUGUUGACGGUGACGGUACCAAUCAAUAUUAUGGACCUGAUUUUAUAUUGGAGCAAAAUGUCGUUCUUGUAACACUCAAUUAUCGUUUGGGUCCAUUUGGUUUUGCCAAUUUCGAUUUAGAAAAUUAUACGGGCAAUAUGGGACUCAAAGAUCAACGAGAAGCAUUGAAGUGGGUUAAAAAGAACAUUAAAUACUUCGGUGGUGAUCCGCAGUCCUUGACGAUUUUUGGAGAAAGUGCUGGCGCAGCUUCGGCACACUUACAAAUUUUAUCCAAUUCAUGUGAGUAUAUUAACCAUGCAAUCAUGUGGAGUGGAAGCGCUUUCAAUUACUGGGCACAUCACAAACAAAAUAACCAACUCGAUUUGUUAAGAGAAACUUUUAAAGCUGAACUCGGUAAUGGAACAAGUCCAAAAGAAAUAUUAAAUUUCAUGAUCAAUGCUCCAACGCAGCUCAUUGUUGAGAAAACACCAACUUAUGAUUUUUCCAAUGGUUUGAUUGAGGUGUACUGGACACCAGUUAUUGAAGAUGAAAACAAAUCUGAUCAGCCAUUUUUAACUGAAAAACCACAUGACAUCUACGCAAACAAUCGAUUUAGUUCUCACUGUAAAAAUGUUGAAGCUAUUUUCGGCAUAACAAGUGCUGAAUAUAUGAUGUUCUUAGAUCCCAACAAUCUGUAUGGAUGGGUUGAAUCAAUGAAAAACAAUUCCCCUUUUGGUCUUCCAUAUCAUGGGCUUGCGCUAAAAUCCAAUGAUGAUAGAUACAAAGCAAUGCAAGCUAAAAUAAAGAAGUUUUACUUUGGCGAUGGAGACAUUGAGGCAACACCCGCACGGCUUAAUCAAUAUGUUCAAAUGCAGUCAGACAUUAAUUUCCUUGUUCCCUUUUAUGAAACAAUGCGGCUGCAUGCAAAUGUAUCAAAAACUUUUUGUCAUCAUUUCGAUAUUAAUUUGAGUGCAAACAUUAUUAAAAAAUCAAGACAUUUGGAAAUGGUGGAAAGAAUGGGUCACAUCGAAGAUAUUGGAUACAUGUUUAAAGCAAAUCUAUUCAAAAAAAUAUACGAUGAAGUCUUGAACAAUCGCAGCAAUGUAAACAAUCAAAAGACGAUAAAUGCAUGGCAAUUUGUGACGAAACUAUACACUGAUUUUCUAAAAACUGGGUCUAUGGCAUACAGUAGUCCAGUUGAAUCAGUGGAAAAUGCUAAAUGCGUUGAUAUUACCAACAAUGGUUUAGCCUCGAUCGUACGACCAAAGAAUGAAGCAAUUGAGAUGUGGGAUGAAGUUACUGAAUACCUUAAACCCCACAUUGUUAUCGAAUAUUAGAAUGCACUUAAAAUUUUAUACAAUAAAAAUUAUUACAUUAUAAAUUAUA